AACAUCGGUGUUCGCUCGUUACCAAGGAAACGGCGUGUAGAACUGUUAGCGUUACCACGGCAACGGUGAUUCUAGAUCUGCAGAACAACAGCGUGAAACAAGAUGGUGGCCAAAGUUUCUCAUAUCCCAUGGAUCACUGCGGUUCUGGGGCUGGUACUCAUGCGCAGUAGCGUCCAGGCGCAAGAGAAAAAGGAAUGGAUCAUCAACGGUCUCCGUGAUCUACCUGUACAGCCUAUCGCCUUUUGGCCUCUCAACAAGGACUACGAGGGGAGAGACGUCAGCGGAAACGGACAUGACGCAAUCGUCAUGGAGAACGUGGUCCCGGACCAGGGCCCGCUGGGACAAGAUGGCGGCUCGUACUUUUUCCAGGGCAGCCUGAAUUCCUACAUAGAGUUCCCGAACAACGGGAAGCUGGACACGAAGUACUCUAUCACCAUUGUUGCAGCGGUGUACCCAUUGGCUGCGGCAGCAGGGCCUAUCCUGUCAUAUAUCUCACCAGGUCGUCUGGGUGUGAUGCUGUGGCCCUAUACAGACGAAACAGGCACCAACCUGAUGUUCCUUCCGCAGAAGGAUACGGACUACUCCUCACCGAACCACUCCCAACCCGCGCUGGAACUCAACGCCUGGAACCUUGUAGCGGCGUCAUACGAAUAUGGAACAGGUGCCGUUACCAUGUGGGUGAACGGUAAACAGGUUUACUCUGGCAUCUUUACUUACCCCGGGAACCUGGCUACCUACGGGCGCCGUCUGCGCGCGGGGCAUAACGGGAACGCGGCCAGCACGUUCCAGGGUAGACUGGCAUGCCUGCAGGUGUAUGACCAGGCCUUGUGGCGGCAGGCCAUACUGUCGGCCAUGGACGCCUGUCCUUACCAUGAUCCACCCGUAGCGAUGGUGAGGAAGUUCGGGAACAAGUGUUACGGCCUCUCCGCUCCUGCAGCCAUCAAAAACCACAGCGAAGCCUCGGCAACGUGCAAGGAGAUGGGCGGCAGUCUUGUCAAGGUUUCAGACGACAAUGAACACAAUAUACUCAAGACCUUCAUCAAGGAGAGGAAUGACGUCACCCACUGGAUCGGUGUCUCCGUCUCUACCGGACCCUGGUCUCCUGCCUACGAAGAUGGGACCAAAGUCAACGGCCAGUGGCAGCCGUGGGCCGCGAAGAAGGAUGAAGGGCUGUGUGUGUCGAUGGAUAAGGAGAUGGGGUGUGACUGGGCGCCAUACCCGUGCUACUGUAAACAGGCAUUCGUCUGUGCAUCAGAUUACUACGAAGCGGAGUCCCCUGACGACAAGUGCAGUAACUGUGUGAACGGUGCCACCUGUAAGGGUUGUUUCAACUCCCUCAUCACUACAUGCGACUGUCAAGCUGGAUUUACGGGGGAACGGUGUGAGAUCAAUAUAAACGAAUGUGCCUCGAAUCCGUGCCAGAAUAACGGACUAUGUGUGGACGGAGCGAACUCGUACGGCUGCCAGUGUACUCGUGGAUUCAGUGGAGCAAACUGCGAAAUCGAAAUCGACGAGUGCGAGUCGUCGCCAUGUCAAAAUGGCGGCUCGUGUAUUGACCAUAUCGGCUGGUACAGCUGUCGGUGUGCGCCGGGUUUCCUCGGCAGCGACUGUGAGAUAAACAUUAACGAGUGCGACUCCAGACCGUGCGCGAACGGAGGAGAGUGUAUAGACGGUCUCAACUCAUUCACUUGCAACUGUACACUGGCCUUCAGUGGACUGCAGUGCGAAAGCGCUGUUGACUUGUGCACGGAGUUCGACAUUGUCUGCCCGACACCGUUCUACUGUGUCAACCAGGCAGGCGCCUUCGUCUGCAAACUUCCUGGCAAUGGGGUCUUCUCUGGUCGCCGGAAGAGAAACAUUCUGCCGCGAGUCCAGUGCAGCAGCGCCUCCUGUCCCAAAGGCUGGUACUGCAUGGUUGCGGAUGAUGGCUACACCUGCAUCCCACCGAAGUAACAUGCACCCAGCAAAAUUUGGGGAUAUGGUAUCUAGCAAAUCAUUUAACGAUUGUAUACAACAGGCUUGUUGUAUCAUUGCAUGGCCAGUAAAUGCAAGACGACUAGCAUAUUAAGUUUUUUCACAACUAUGGAAUACUUCUUAGAGAAGACUGCUUAGAGUUACAUGUAUUUGAAAGAUCAAGGAGAUAUGAGAGCCAGAAUGAAUGUGUAAAUGACAAAUACCUCGGCUAGCUACUAAAUAUUUUGAUUUUGUUUUGUCUGUAUAGCGUAAUAUUUUAAAUUUGUUUCUAGGUGAAUUAGAAGGUAGAAUUUGAUUCAGAUGUUUUGAACAUGUGUAAAAUGCACAGAAAUUUGUAGUUGUACGUUCCAGAGGAAGACAUUGUUUUGUUGCAAUAGUAGUAACAUGAUCAUGCGAUGCCAAAGAAAAAAAAAAGAAUCGUAAUAGGCAACUUUUCAUCACAAAUUGUGAAUAGAAUGUGACACUGUCAAUGACAGUAAGUGUGUGAAUUGUAUUGUGUCCAAAAUUACUCUCAUAAUAAUAGAAUAUUAAUUUCAAUAGUCAAUUGUAACAUCACAUUAUUGUGGUUCACAUUUAGUUCUACAUGUAUAUAGCCAAUCCAUCUAUUACAGUCAAAUGCUGAUAGACACUGUAAAGUCAUUUAUUUUGGUAUAAUGCAUUUGAUAAAAGAACAUGUAUGUCAAUUAUGGCUGUAAGAACAAAAGAAAAUAAAACGCUUUUCAUGAUUGGAAUGAAUGUGGUAGAAAUUUAAAAAAAUUACGGAUGGCAGCCUCCUUCAAUCUUUGUCACGAGAAAUUUCUCAAAUCAUCCCAAGACAGAAGUGAAUAUUUUCAUCAGGUUGGUAUUUCACAGGAUAGCAAGAGUCUUUGUACACAACCACGAGUUUUAUUCAAUAUAUUAAGUAUUGAUGAUGAGGGGGCAUACAGACUCAGUCACGUUUGGGACCGCAUUCUUUAAGUGAAAUAGUUGAUGAUUGUUACACUGUUAUCAUUGUUACUUGACAACAGUUAUAGAUAUAAUGUACAGCAUACGUCAAGUUUAGGAUCAAAAUCGCUAUACAAGCACCGCAUUAACAAUUAAUCUUUGCAUAUAUGUAAAUACGUUUUGGACUGCAUCUGCAAGCAGCGACACCUAUGUUGCAGUGCACAUUUUUUAACCGGUAAGUAUUACUCUGAGGAAGGGGACAGACGUCUGUCACCUAAACGUCGGGUUA